UUUGUAAAAUGGAACUGCUAUACUUUGUUUUGACUUUUGGGUUGCGAAUAUUUUCAAUUUUUGAGAUGAAAGCUAAAGUUAAAUUAUAAAAAUAACAAACGAAAAUUUACCAGGUAGAAUGUAUUUAAGGCGAAGUACCACUGUGAAAUAUGUGUUGGCGGCUGUUCUCGGGGCCGUGAUCUACUGCGAAUGGUUCAUCUACCUCGUGGAGCAGCAGUACUGGGUCGACCUGGAGUGCCAGGACCAUGACACCUCUUGUACUAAGAUAUUGUUCAUAGCUGACCCUCAGAUUCAGGGUGAUGAAGCGGUCCCACCUCCCUUAAGCUACAUCUUCAAUUGGGACAGUGACCGGUACUUAAGAUCAACGUUCAAGUCAGUUGUGGAUUACUUCAAGCCGGAUAUCCUGGUGUACUUGGGAGACCUGAUGGAUGAGGGGUCCAUAGCCACCAUGCCACAGUUCCAUGGCUAUGCCAAGAGAUUAGCUAACAUAUUUGAUUGGGAUUUUCCUGCAGUGCAAGUCUGGUUACCAGGAGACAAUGACAUAGGUGGAGAGAAUGAGCCGAUACGUCGCGACAAAGUAGAGGAGUUUGAAAAAGUGUUUGUCCAGCCCUCCAUAGUAACGUACUCCAACGUGUCCAUAUACAAAGUGAACGCCAUCACAUAUACGUUCCCACAAAAAGCUGACGAGGUACCGGGAACGGAUAAUAAUUUCAAAAUUGUGGCUUCACACUAUCCUGUCACUAUGAGAACGAUGUUUAGUAAGAAGAUAAUAAACGCAAUAAACCCCAAAAUAUUCUUCUGCGCGCACGACCAUGAGUCUAAGUACGUGAAACAGAAUAAGGACCUCACACACCGGGUCACCACUUGGUUCAACAUACCCAAGUCGACACUCACCAUAACGUUCAAUGAUGACACGUUGUAUGAGAUCUAUGUGCCAACUUGCUCUUAUAGAAUGGGCACUAAUUAUAUUGGAUAUGGAGCUGCUGUGCUAGAAAACAACCAGAAGCACCUGAGAUACACCGUUUUCUGGUCUCCACAGAGGUUUCCAUUUUUAUUCUUUUACCUAGCGAUACUGGUGAUAUUAUUCCUCUACUGCCUGGUAUUCUGUAUUGCCAAACUAAUCUAUAGGAAGUCUAAACCGAUUGCGAAGAGCGCGGAUAUGUCGCCAUUGUUAGAACGACUUUAGCAUUCGCCCCAGCGAAAUAAAUAUAAAAUGUACUUCAGAUAGCUUGCCCUUAAUAGCGCUUUAAUAAUUGCAGUCAGUGACUUUAAAUAUAUUUAAAUAAUAAAAUCGCUUAACUACUACGUAAAAAUCACGGCCCAUGAUAAAAAAAAGUCGUUGCAACUACAAAUAUAAAUAAUUUAGGUACUAAAUGGAAAUACGUACAAACAUUUAUUAAUGACAAGUGAAUUGAUUGUUGAAUUGAACAAAUUAGUCAUUUUCCCAGUUUAAAGUUUUUAAAAGUGAUUAAAUAAAAAUAAAUAGAUAUGUAGGUAUAUUCAAAAAAUAUUUCCAGUAGUAAUAAUGACUGUGCAUCGUGCUGUGAGUAGCAAAGCCGUUAUUUGCGAAAGAUUAUUAUGUAGUUAUUAAAUUAAUUAAAAGUACCUAAGGAAUUGAAUUGAACAAAAUGUCUUAUGGAAUAUUUAGUCUUGAACUAUAAUAUAUUAUUAUGCUAGCAGUACCAAUUACUGAAUUUACAUAAACAUGGACAAAGGCCCUCAUUUAACAGCUUUAAUUUACUAACAGUACAAUUAGGAAUUAAUGAUUAUUAUGUACAACAUAUAGUUUCUUAUCCAGUGAUUGCAUUGUUCUUUGGAUUUUUAUGCUGUUUGUGGCCAAAUUAGGGUAACAAAUAUUUUUUUGUUUAGUAGCUUUUAUCUAUAUGGGCUGACUUAGACAUAGGUAGUACAGUCCAUCAAAUAACUUUGCAUUUCUGAAGUUAUCCAUUAUACAGGCGUCGAUAAAAAUUAUAUAUUAUACCAACGAUUUAUAACAUGACAACAGUAUGCUCCCUACAUCUACGUAUAUUCGAUAUUAUUAUGAGUAUACAAUACACAUUGAAUGUAGCUCAUUCCAGUCUACAGUAUUAUGUUAGUGACCGCUAGUACUUUGUAGAUUCUAUAUUUUAAUAUUAAACAGUUUUGAAUGACGAAGGAACUCUUGCAGAUAAUAAAUGACAUAAUUAUGUAACUAUACUCUCUUGUUUUAUACAAUAUUUUUUUUUUAUAUUAGGUACUCAAGGGGACUGCUAAUAUUUUCGAUAUUUUCCUUAGAAAACUGUCAUGACAAUAAUUUCAAUAUACUCUUAAGUUUGGUGGAAUGAAAGACUGUAGGUAUUAACGAAAUUAUUAGAUAUUUUUUAAUCAUUAACAUUCUAUGUAGAAAAAUAUAACAAAGUUUAUGUAUAUGUCAAAGUGUAUAUGGAAUGUAUGUAAAAUUGUUUUACAAUAGCAUUAAGCAUAACAUUGACAAUGAUGUGCAUAUAAUUUAUAUUUAUUACACUAAACUUAUUUCUAAAUAAUUUGUUUUAAUUUCCAGUAAAAAUAAUUUGUUUUAAUUUCCAUUUUAAUUGCCAGUUUCAAGUUUCACUACCUCCAAAUAAAAACCAGUUAACUACUUUAGGGGGUCACAUUGAAUCCUAUCCUAAGUAAUGAAACAGGCCAAAUAGCUUAAAUUGUUAUAUGUAUAGAUUGCUUAAAAUUAGGAAUUGAAUACCUAGUGAUUAGUUUGAAUACUGUACAACAAUGCAAUAUUCUGGGCAUUAACAAAACCCUUGCAUUUAAUAUAUUUCAAUAUAUAAAAACUUAUACAUUUCUUAAAGUAAAUAAGUGUUACUUACUUAACAGUCUUCAUCAAUAUUUAAAUAAAUAUAAUAACACCAACUUCUAAUAUUUGUUAUUUAAAACUAUAAAAUACCUAUAGGUAAAUUCAUAAUUUUUGUAUAUCCUUAUAGGUUUACAAAGUUUUAUUAACAACUUGCUUCAAAUAGGUUCUGUCAACUGUCCCUAUGUAUGCAUUUGUAUUAUAAAGACUUUAUUUAUUUUUUCUAGAACUUGUUAAAUGUUGUUCUAAAAAUGUAUAAUUAAUAUAUGCAUAAUGAAUUGCAGUAAUAUUAUGAUGAUUUAUUAAAGGUUUUCUGUUAAAA